AAUUGCUUGAGCUGCACUGAGAAUUAGAAAAGUAUGAAAGCCAACAAUCCAUUAUCCUAGAACAUCGGAAAGUAUUCAGUCCCCUCGCGUUUUGUUACCUUACAGCCUUAUUCUAAAAUGGAUGAAAUUGUUUUCCCCCAUAUCAAUCUACAUACAAUAACCAGUUAAGUACUUAAGAAGGUUUUUCAUUGGUUUUGAAUGUUGAAGAAUCAUCCAGGGCUUCUACUAGCCAGUCCCACCUCCAGAGCAGAGAGCACAGACGUUCUCCAUAUCCGUCCUGUUACUCUACCAGACAAGAAUUUCAGAAGUGUGUCCUAACUAAAUUGGUGGCGAUAUUGGAGGAGGUGUUGGGAGAGCAGAGCCCCAAGACUCUGAUUUCCUUGUCAAUGGGAUGGAGACGGAGCAAGACUUUGAGCAACUAGAGAAGCAGCCUCAAAGUGUGGAUAUACAGAAUCUGAUGGCCUGCAGGCAGCUGCAGUAAGCCACCAUGUCCAUGGCCCAGCAGCAGAACCAGGUGAUCCUCCAGUUCCACUUCGGAACCUUCGGAGACUCCAUGCUGCAGAAGAUGAACCUGCUCCGCCACCAGACCAGAUUCUGUGACGUCACUGUGCGCAUCAAUGACCUGGAGGUCCCAGGUCACAAGGUGGUGUUGGCAGCCGGAUCUCCCUUCCUCCGGGACCAGUUCUUUCUGCAGGACUCAUCCACGAGGGAGGUCCAGAUCUCCAUGAUCCAGGAGGCGGAGGUAGGCCAUCAGCUGCUCCUGUCCUGCUACACGGGAACCCUGGAGCUGCCUGAGAUAGAGCUGGUCAACUACCUAACUGUGGCCAGCUUCCUCCAGAUGGGCCACGUAGUGGAGCAGUGCACCCAGGCUCUCAAGAAGUUCAUCCAGCCGCGACCCUGCCAGGUGAAACAGCAGCCUCGGGAGGAGGAAGAAGAUGGAGAGACUCUCAGAGCCUCUCAUGCCCAGAGACUACAGGAGCUGCCCCAAGCACAGGUAGUGCAUUGUGAGGUGGAGGAUGAUGAAGACGAUGAUGAUGAUUUGACAAUUCAGCUGAUGACCCCUCCCCAGAGGCAGAAGCGAGACAGGAGUGAGGGCGAGGAGAGCCCCAUCACCAUCGUAAAGGUGGAGUCCGUGUGUGAGCGGGUGUCUGAGAUGUCUGAACGCCCCUCUACCUCCACCGCAGUGCGCUUCCCGACCAGCCCCCCAUUGUCGAUACACUCCCCCGAGCCCCAGCACUCCCUCAUCAACUCCACAGUGGACACCCGGGCUAGUGAAAUGACCAUGCCACCCAUGCCAGGAUACCCACUCAGCCCCCUUCCACUACCCACAUCAGCCACAGGGAGACCCAAUCUGGGGGGGCACCUCCGAAACUCAGACAAAUCCCUUCAGUGGUACCACCAGUGCCCAAAGUGUGCCCGCGUGUUCCGCCAGUUAGAGAACUACGCCAACCACCUCAAGAUGCACAAGCUGUUCAUGUGCCUGCUGUGUGGCAAGAUGUUCACCCAGAAGGGUAACCUGCACCGUCACAUGCGGGUCCACGCUGGCAUCAAGCCCUUCCAAUGCAAGAUCUGUGGCAAGACCUUCACUCAGAAAUGCUCUCUCCUGGACCACCUGAACUUACACAGCGGAGACAAGCCCCAUCGCUGUAACUACUGCGACAUGGUGUUUGCACACAAGCCUGUGCUCCGCAAACACCUCAAACAAAUCCAUGGCAAGAACAGCUUUGACAACGCCAACGAGAGGAGCCAACUACACAACGGGAUUCUGGACUUUGAGUAUGGGCGUCUGCAGGACUGUAGCAUGGACAAUAGCAUGGACAAUAAGCCUGUUCUUGUGGGUGACUCUCUGUAGCACUGUAUCACUUCACAAAUCAAUAGCUGCGUAGUAGUGUUAGCUGAAUUGUAAACCACACUGUAAGGUACUUGAAGGUAUAACACUGAAUACUAGAAGAAGAGUUACUGUAAAAUGAGUACCAAAAAUAUGAACUGAAAUGAUUUGUCCUCAUGAGUAUUGUUUUGGCUAUGGAAUCCUACAGUAGAACCAAAGUGAUGAUAGUGUGUCUGUAGAACAUGUGUUUUUAUUGUCAAUGAUGCCUCUUUUGGAAAUGGGGUAGACGAUAUACACUGCUGUUCAAAAGUUUGGGGUCACUUAGAAAUGUCCUUGUUUUUGAAAGAAAAGCACGUUUUUUUGUCCAUUAAAAUAACAUCAAAUUGAUCAGAAAUACAGUGUAGACAUUGUUAAUGUUGUAAAUGACUAUUGUAGCUGGAAACGGCGGAUAUUUAAUGGAAUAUCUACAGUUGAAGUCGGAAGUUUAAAUACACCUUAGCCAAAUGCCUUUCAACUCAGUGUUUCACAAUUCCUGAUAUUUAAUCCUAGUAUAAGUACCUGUUUUUAUGGUGGAUUUGGAGCAGUGGCUUCUUCCUUGCUGAGUGGCCUUUCAGGUUAUAUCGAUAUAGGACUCAUUUUACUGUGGACAUGGAUACUUUUGUACCUGUUUCCUCCAGCAUCUUCACAAGGUCCUUUGCUGUUGUUCUGGGAGACGGAACACAUUUCCUUUUGAGCGGUAUGAUGGCUGUGAGGUCCCAAUAGUCAUACUAUUGUUUGUACAGAUGAACGUGGUACCUUCAGGCGUUUGGAAAUUGCUCCCAAGAAUGAACCAGACUUGUGGAGGUCUUGGCUGAUUUCUUUUGAUUUUCCCGUGAUGUCAAGCAAAGAUGCACUGAGUUUGACAGUAGGCCUUGAAAUACAUCCACAGGUACACCUCCAAUUGACUCAAAUUAUGUCAAUUAGCCUAUCAGAAGCUUCUAAAGCCAUGACAUCAUUUUCUGGAAUUUUCCAAGCUCUUUAAAGGCACAGUCAACUUAGCGUCUGUAAACGUCUGACCCACUGGAAUUGUGAUACAGUGACUAAUUGAAAUAAUCUGUCUGUAAACAAUUGUUGGAAAAAUUACUUGUGUCAUGCACAAAGUAGAUGUCCUAACCGACUUGCCAAAACUAUAGUUUGUUAACAAGAAAUUUGUGGAGUGGUUGAAUAUUUUUUUUUUAUGAAGUGUAUGUAAACUUCUGACUUCAGCUGUACAUAGUCGUACAGAGGCCCAUUAUCAUCAACCAUCACUCCUGUGUUCCAAUGGCACGUUGUGUUAUCUAAUCCAAGUUUAUCAUUUUAAAAGGCUAAUUGAUCAUUAGAAACCCUUUUGCAAUUAUGUUUGCACAGCCCAAAACUGUUGUCCUGCUUAAAGGAAGCAAUAAAACUGGCCUUCUUUAGACUAGUUGAGUACCUGGAGCGUCAGCAUUUGUGGGUUCGAUUACAGGCUCAAAAUGGCCAGAAACAAAGGACUUUCUUUUUUUUGACGCCAUUGGUCAAGCAUGGUGCAGGCAAUGUGAUGGUCUGGUGGUGCUUUGGUGGUGGUAAAGUGGGGGAUUUGUACAGGGUAAAAGCGAUCUUGAAGAAGGAAGGCCAUCACUCCAUUUUGCAACGCCAUGCCAUACCCAGUGGAUGGUGCUUAAUUGGAGACAAUUUCUUCCUACAACAGGACAAUGACCCAAAGCACAGCUCAAAACUAUGCAAUAACUAUUUAGGGAAGAAGCAGUCAGCUGGUAUCCUGUCUAUAAUGGAGUGGCCAGCACAGUCACCGGAUCUCAACCCUAUUGAGCUUUUGUGGGACCAGCUUGACCGUAUAGUACGUAAGAAGUGCCCAUCAAGCCAAUCCAAUUUGUGGGAGAUGCUUCAGGAAGCAUGGGGUGAAAUCUCUUCAGAUUACCUCAACAAAUUGACAACUAGAAGCCAAAGGUCUGCAAGGCUGUAAUUGCUGCAAAUGGAGGAUUCUUUGACGAAAGCAAAGUUUGAAGGACACAAUUAUUAUUUCAAUUAAAAAUCAUUAUUUAUAACCUUGUCAACUACAUUUCCUAUUCAUUUUGCAAUUCAUUUCAUUACUGUUUUCAUGGAAAACAAGGACUUUUCUAAGUGACCCCAAACUUUUGAACGGCAGUGUAUGCUUGGAUAUUGUAUAAGGACAUGACAUGUGGGUGAGGAUAAUGAGGAUGUUGUGGUCCUACUGUGACACACAGUAUCAGAGGAUCAGAUUCCCAACAGGAGAACAAUAAGUCCCCACUUUACUUUAAAAGAGAAUCAACGGGAUCUUAAGCACUUACAAAUGUGUAAUGUAUAUUGUACGAAUUGGAAUUCAUAACAUAUCGUACGAAUUGCAGGAGGUAACAUAUCAUACCAAAUGGAUGACGUUGAACACAAUUACUGAACGUACUACUUUCAAAACUACUGGCUGAAAUUAUAUAUAUUAUAUUUAUAACGCAUUUUAAGUGACACUAAAAGCUGAUCUAUUUGCUAUGUUUUUACAUUGGUAGGUACAGGAUAAUUACAGUGUGUGCACACAUUAGUACUUAGUGUGGCCUGUUUGGGCCAACUGUCAAUUUAAGUUUAUUUGCUAGUCUAAUUUAUCGCCUAUAAAGUCCAAACAGGAAUUGUUGUAAGUACUCUGUAACUGUGUGUAUCUAUACUGUAAUAACACUGUACCAGCCAAUGUCACCACCAUGUAAAUACUGGUAUAUGUUUUCAGCACAAUGGAACAAAUCAAGUCAGCCUUAAACCUCAAAAGCAUUAGCUCGCUUUCUACAGUAGAUGGAGCCAUUGUAUACCAUGUCAUCACAGAGCAUGACGAGUUGUCAUUUAAACCCUCUGAACUCUAGCUGGCCAUUGUUGUGGGUGUAUCACUGGGGUUACAGUACUGUCAUGAUUGUCAUGAUGGAACAUGAUUUAGACCACUCCCAAUGCCACAGCAUCAGGGUUAUUAUAAUGUAGUAAAUGAAUGGACUCAUAAUGUUGACACUAUUAUUUUUCUCUGCUCCAUUUAGAUAGCAAUAUCCCUAUUGUACUUCAUACCAUGCAUUAUGAAUAGAUGUAUUCACUGUGUAACGCAUAUCUCUGGUUUUAUUUACAUAGAUCUGAGAUUAAGGGGCCUCAUCAUUGAUUAUUUGACCAGUGAUUACAAAUAACCUACAGGCUUCCAGCUGCCCAUCUUAUUAUACCAUGUUGAUGGGAUUUCUGAGACAUUAAACACAUCACCAGUCAUGGCAAAGAUGUACAAUUCUGAGCAUGCAUGCACAGAGUUUUGUAUGUGAAUCUGGAACCCGUUUGUGCUUAGAUGCAUGCUUUAUGGGGCAAUUGGCGUAUCUUCCCGAUCCUAGCCCAAUCACUCAGGCAGACAGGUCCUGCUUGGCUGACGCUCUGCAGUGCCACUGUGUAGCCAGUCGCAAUCCUAACUCUUGGUUCACCUACACUUACUGCACAAGCUCUAUGUGCCUG